AUGAUCGCCCAUUUAGCUAGAACUGCUUUCAAGCUGCUCUUAGUUCUUUCAAUCAUCGUUUACUUCUACAUGUUCCAAUUCGAUUUGGUCGCCUCGUACAUCCCUCAAAUCCGCCAGUACGGACCUCCAUCAUCAAUUUCUCAAGCCGUUCAGCCGGCGAAAAAGCUGCUUCGCCACGGCCUUAUCGCCCUUGCUGAUAGAAUUUAUGAUCUAGCCAAGCUGUUGCGCUAA